CGAUGUGAUUUAGAGGGAAGGAGAAGGACUUACGGAGAGGCAGGCAUUUACUUGAGCUGUCAAAGGGAAGAUGAAGUGAAUGUAUAAACAAGAGGAGCUGUUUGUGUUUUGGCCUAAGUGUGUAUGCUCUGUCCUCACAGGGGAGCCAAGCAGAGAGGGGGAAAGACCUGGAGUCUAAAGCUGAGAGGGAGUGAGAAAGUGCCCGACGUGGGGGGAAAAAAGAGAAGAUAAGUUGAAGUCUGUUGCCCAUGGGCAAAGGUGGAUGAGAAGUUACAGUUGAGGAGUCUGCCUGACACGGGAGGAAGAGCGCCAGCCUGGGGGGGACCACCAGAUCAGAGGUCUUCCAACAACAACAGGACAGGAUGAGGUACCAAGGCAGGGAGGUGGAUAUUGAAGGCAGAGUGCGCCUGGUGAUGGAGAGUGCCCUGACGGCCCGGGACAGGGUGGGGGUGCAGGACUUUGUCUUGCUGGAAAACUACCACAGCGAGGCAGCCUUCAUAGCGAACCUACGGAGACGCUUCGGGGAAAACCUCAUCUACACGUAUAUUGGCUCGGUGUUGGUGUCGGUGAACCCUUACAAAGAGCUGGAGAUUUACUCCAAGCAGCAGAUGGAGCGCUACAGAGGAGUCAGCUUCUACGAGAUAUCGCCGCACAUCUAUGCUCUUUCAGACAACACUUACCGGGCCAUGCGGACGGAGAGGAAGGACCAGUGUAUUCUGAUAUCUGGUGAGAGCGGAGCGGGGAAAACAGAGGCGUCCAAGAAGAUCCUCCUCUACUACGCUGUCACCUGCCCCACCAACGAUCAGAUGGCUGCCCUCGGUGAGCGGCUGCUGCAGUCCAACCCCAUCCUGGAGGCAUUUGGGAACGCCAAAACAUUUAGGAACGACAACUCCAGCCGCUUCGGAAAAUACAUGGAUGUCCAGUUUGACUUUAGGGGGGCACCAGUCGGCGGCCACAUCCUGAACUACCUGCUGGAGAAAUGCCGUGUGGUGCACCAGAACCAGGGCGAGAGGAACUUCCACAUCUUCUACCAGCUGCUGGAUGGAGGGGACGACGACAUGCUCACCACACUGGGCCUGGAGAGAAACCCUCAGAGCUACCAAUAUCUGGGAAACUGUCCCAGACUCAGCUCCGUCAGUGACAAGAAUAAUUGGAAAGUCGUGAUGAAGGCGCUGUCCGUUAUUGGCUUCACAGAGGAAGAGGUGCAGAAAUUGCUGAACAUCAUCGCAAGUGUUCUCCAUCUGGGAAACACUCAGUUUGGGGAAGGAGAGGAGGGAGAAACUUACAUCACCAGCGGGACUCAGAUAACAAACCUCACAAAGCUGCUGGGUGUCGAUGGCUCGGCCCUCGGGGAGGCACUCACUCACAAGAAACUCACUGCCAAAGGAGAGGAGAUGAUCACCCCGCUCAGUUUUGAGCAGGCGGUGUCGGCUCGUGAUGCCUUAGCCAAGGCCGUGUACGGUCGGACCUUCACUUGGUUGGUGGAGAAGAUCAACCAGUCGCUGGCUCUGAAGGAGGAAAUCUACCACAGCGGUAAGGGCUGCUCCGUCAUAGGGCUUCUAGAUAUCUAUGGCUUUGAGGUUCUACAGCACAACAGCUUUGAGCAGUUCUGCAUCAACUAUUGCAACGAGAAGCUCCAGCAGCUGUUCAUCGAGCUAACCCUAAGAUCUGAGCAGGAGGAGUACGAGACAGAGGGAAUUGCAUGGGAGACGGUGCAAUACUUUGACAACAAGAUAAUUUGUGACCUGAUAGAGGAGAAGCACAAAGGCAUCAUCUCCAUUCUGGAUGAGGAGUGUCUGAGACCUGGAGAGACCUGCGAUGUCUCCUUCCUCGAGAAGUUGGAAGACACACUGGGUGGCCAUCCCCAUUUCGUCACUCAUAAGUUGGCAAACGGAAAAACUCGCCGGGUGAUGAGUAGGGAGGAGUUCAGGCUGCUGCACUACGCCGGAGAGGUCAACUACAAUGUCAAUGGUUUCCUAGACAAGAACAAUGAUUUGCUGAACAGGAACCUGAAAGAGGUAAUGUGCCAGUCAGACAACCAGAUCCUGAGUCACUGCUUCCGCAGGGAGGAAGCGAUAGACCAGAAACGCCCAGAGAUGGCCGCCACUCAGUUUAAAAACAGCCUGACGAAACUUAUGGAGAUCCUCAUGUCUAAAGAGCCAUCCUAUGUGCGCUGUAUCAAACCUAAUGAUGCCAAGCAGCCAGGAAGGUUUGAUGAAGUUCUGGUCCGACACCAGGUGAAGUAUCUGGGUCUGAUGGAGAACCUGAGGGUCAGGAGAGCUGGCUUUGCCUAUCGCCGUCGCUUUGAAGCCUUCCUGCAGAGGUAUAAGCCCCUGUGUCCUGAGACGUGGCCCAAUUGGCAUGGCAGACUCUCUGACGGUGUCUCGACACUGGUCAGCCACCUGGGCUAUAAAGCAGAGGAGUACAAACUGGGCAGGUCAAAGAUCUUCAUCCGCUUCCCAAAAACUCUCUUCAACACUGAGGAUGCACUGGAAGCAAAAAAGCCAGAGAUUGCUUUGACCCUGCAGACGUCAUGGAGAGGCUACAGGGAGAGAGCCAAGUACCAACGCAUCAGACGAGCAGUGAUUGUGAUCCAGUCAGGGUGGCGGGGGAUGAAAGCACGCAGGAGGGCUAAGAGGCGUCGGCAGGCUGCUGAGUUAAUACGCAGGCUAAUAAAGGGCUUCAUCUACCGCCACGAGGAAUACUGCCCUGAGAAUGAGUAUUUCCAUGAUCACGUGCGCUACUCCUUCCUCAAGAACCUACGACAAAACCUGCCCAAGAGCGUUUUGGACAAAAGCUGGCCGACGCCUCCUCCAUCGCUCAUUGAGGCGUCUGAUCACCUGCGGAGGCUUCACAUGAGGAACAUGGUGGUGAAGUAUUGCCACAGAGUCCAGCCUGAGUGGAAGAAGCAGAUGAUGCAGAAGGUUGUCGCCAGUGAGAUCUUUAAGGAUCAGAAAGACAGCUACCCUCAGGGUGUUGGGAGGCUGUUUUUGGACUCCAGGCUGGAACGUGAGCAAAUCAAUCUGAAAGUGGUCCAGACCCUCGGCAGUGACAAAGUGCAGUACGGCGUUACGGUUGUAAAGUACGACAGGAGGGGUUUCAAGCCCCGCCCUCGCCAGCUGCUCCUCACUAACACCUUCGCUGUGCUGGUGGACAGGACCAAGAACAAACAGAGGAUUGACUACACUGCUCUGAGAGGUAUCUCUGUGAGCUCUCUCAGUGACGGGAUGUUUGUGCUGCACAUGCCCAAUGAGGACAAAAAGCAGAAGGGCGAUGUGGUGCUGCACUGCCACCAUGUGAUCGAGGUGGUGACAAAACUGUCCAUGAUGGCCAGCAAAGUCAACUACGUCAACAUCAGCCCGGGCAGCAUAAGGUUUGUCGUGGCCCGAGGCAAAGAGGGAAUCAUUGAUUUCGUCAGGGGGACGGAACUGAAGGUGGCCAAAGGCAAGAGAGGACAUCUGCUGGUGACUGCCCCUCGGAUCAACACUGCAUGAAGAAACUUAAAACAGCCUCCAGUCAAACGGUAAUCCUUUUAGCUAACGGGAGGAUUGCCGCUUUAGAAGUCGUCACUGUUAGUUUGUAUAAAACAAAAUGCAGCACAAGCACAGGCUCAAACCGAAGGAAGUUCCCUUAUUAAUUACUGCUCAUCAUCUUUAUUAUAAAUGUUGGAAAAAUGACUGACCUUUUUUUUUAUAAGAAAAUCAUAACAUGAAGUCAUCACUUUUUGAAAUGCUUUUUAUUGCAGUCAUACAUAAAUAUACUUCCAUUCUGUCAAUAUAAUAAUGUUUCAACACUGUAUCUCUAUAUUGUAAGAGAAAUAAAAAUACUUUGAAUAAAUAACAUGUUAAUAAAUAUGUCAAUAAAUAAGUAAAUAUUUUUGGAAAGUCCAGUGAGGGGGAAGAACAGGAUGUUGGGAGGUGAUGCCUGUUCUGGGAGCUUAUUGCUAACUUACAGUUAGAGAGGAGACAGAAACUAUGGGAAAUACCCAAGAAAACCAUUAAAUAUACAGUCAAACAUCAUGUCAAAAAAAUUUGACAAGCUAAAAUAAGAUCUUCUAAAGCACUAACUCAAUAAGUGCUCAGUCAGUUCAGCCUUCUCUUUGACUGUUUUCCUGUCGUCACGGUUUCAGCACUGACUCACUGAAUCUGUUUUCGAAGCCAGAAAAAGGAAGUCUCUUGCCAACCUGGUGAGGUAAAGGUCUAGAUCUCGCAGAAUGAUGUAACCCUCCACCCUGCUGUCCCAAUCCGUUUGGGAUCUGUUUUGAGGGUUUAACGGUGUAGGAAAGGUCGGCUUCGUCCAAGAACUCCUCAUGUAGCUCAUCUGGAUAACAAAACAGAAGUAUUAUUUAUUAAAACCAUGGUGUCAUUCCUCUGAUCUCUUAAUAUGAGAGUGUGUUUCAGUAAGAAGCCUAUGGAUACCUGGCUGCUGACUUGGCUCAUCAGGUCCCUCAGGUCCAGCUGAAUGUGCCUGAUGCUCUGAGGUAUGGUGGUGCCGACCGCCCGAGACAACAUCUGCUCUCUCUCCUCCCUCUCCAGCUGUUUUCUCUUCCGAUCCAGCAUAUUCCAAUAGGCCUGCAUGUCGACAAACGCACUGUGCAGUCGUUCCCAGUCCUGAACACGAGAAGGCCACAUUAUUAGAUAACAAAACGUUGCACCACCGCCCCCAUGCCGCUCUUAAAGUGUUAAAAGGGGAAUUCCACUCAAAUGUUUACAAGUUUUAUAUUCCGCAAGACCAGACUCGACAAUGUCUCAUGAUUGCGGGGGAGAAAUGAUCAAAACAGUUGAUGAAUGCAUUUCCCAAAAACUUGAGAAUGACAAUAACAUCACAGUGAUUCUCUAUUUUUUUUAAAUAAAUACCAACCGUGAGCUUUAGCCAGCUGGAGAAGUCUGUAGAGAGCAAUGGCAGGUCAUUUAACUGCCGACUUCUGUCCUCGAAAUGGUUGUACCCCAACUGCUGCGCCUUCUAUUAAAGUAAUAACACAUGUUUAGUAAGAGAACAGCUAGUGCUGUCUAAAGGCCUUUAGAGAGGAGAGCAGGGAGUAGUUUGCAGUACUCACGUAUUUCUUCUGAAGCUGCUGGACACGGGUUCGGGUUGACCUCGUGAGGCAAAAGGAGUCGUUGUAUUUGUUCCUCUGGACGACUGGAGUUGGAGAAAGGGACUCCACACAGUUUAGGACACAGCAAAAGAAGAUGAGAGCCUGCCAGCAAAGAGUCAUCUGAAACAGAGGGAUUGGUUAUAGAUCAUCUCUAGUUCUCACCUCAUUGUCUUCAGAGGAAACAACCGGCAUGUCUCUAGCUCAAACUGCUGAGAAGUUAUGAUGCUUUGAAGACGACGUGAUAUUUGGGUCUAAGUACCAUCACAUUCAGGCAUCAAGUAGCUAAGAUUUAACAACACAAAAAAAAAGAGGGUGACUCGCAGUAUCACUUCCAACAACAAAUGACUGUUCUGGUUAUGAACACUGGUUCUGUUUAUUGAAACUAAACUUUCGAUUUUCAUAUUAAGCAUUGGCAGCAAGUCACUAUAAAAACGGCACGUUUAUGGAAACAUUAAUGUCAUGAUUCCUUAAAAAUAGUUUCAUUGUGGAAGUCCUUGCUCAGCAUUGUCACAGACAUGCUUCCUGCUCCAGCGUCUCUCUCCUUCACGGAAGUUAUGGCAGUGUUCCCUCAUGAUCUUACUGACAACAAAAGCUAACACAAGUCCACUCAAAUAAACAGCAGAAGAGUUAUUAGAUGUUAUCAUGCAUACGGAAACACUGCUGCAGUCUGACAGACUUUGUCCAAGAAAUAAAAGCUACAUUUUGCCUACCAAUGUUUCCCUAUAUUUGCAUUGCCAUAAACAAACUGUGCAUCUUUUUCAAAAAUUGCCUGCUGUCAUUUACUUUAAAUGCUUACAUGAUACACUAACCAAUUCCAAAUGUGAGUGAGAAAUUUGAGUAUUUGUCUAUAGACAAACAAUCAAAAUCCUUUCUAAAAUAUCUAUCUUAGUGAAAUGGUCUUACCUUGGAGAAGCAGUGAGCAGUAGUAAGGUACCUUCAUGUUAAAGCAAGGCGAGUGUACUGUUUAUAUAUCUGUCAUGUCUUUGUUUCAGUUUCUCACAGAGCUGGAGUUUUUUCUGUCUCUGUCUCUCUCUUACUCCCUUUCGCUGUUUCAGCAUCCUGCGGCCUGUUUCAUUCAGAAGUAAGGUUGGUGAGUUGAGGAAGUGAGCCAUACUGAUACUACAACAAACAAGCAAGGAAUUAAUGUUCAAACGUUUCUACACAUGGAGAAAAUAAGGUGUACUUUGGGUGGCUCCACUUGUAAAUUUUAUAGGACGUGGCAACCAUUUUUAAUGUACAUGAAAAGUUUGAAACUGUGUACUCUUCCCUAACCGAUACAUCAUUUUUCAUUUAUAAAGAAAACAAAAACUGAAUUAGAAUAUAGAUUAACUACAGUCAAUCAUGACUAACAUUUAUCUCAAGCUUUUCAUAUUUUUGUUUGUUUUGUUUUUAUUUGUUGUGCUGUGAUUUCAACCAUUUGUUUGUCUAUCAUUUUAAAUGUUCUUGUACUAUUAAUGUUGUAUUAUUCUAUAAGGGGGAGGGGGGUUAAAAAAAUUGAGAACCUGCACACCUGUUUUUCUUGUCUUUGACACUGUAUAUGUUGUUUAAGAAAAAGGAGAAUGAAGUUUAAAUAAAAUAUAUAAAUAUAUACAUCCGCAGAAAGAAAUAAAGAGACCACUUCAGCAUUA